CCCCCAUUGAUGUCAGGCUUGUUCUUAAAAAAAGGCAAAACAAUCCGCAUGACAAAAACGCUCCAAUAUCGCUUCUAGGUGGCGAACAAAGCGCAAACGCACUCUGUUCGAAUAUUCCGAAUAUACGAAAGCAUUGGGAUCACACCAGAUAUGGUUUCGCCUGUCACAGUGGUGAAAAGCGAGGGGCCAAAGUUGGUGCCCUUCUUCAAGGCCACCUGUGUUUAUUUUGUGCUGUGGCUGCCCACCUCGGCACCGUCCUGGUUCAGCGCCCUCAUCAAGUGUCUGCCCAUCUUCUGCCUGUGGGUCUUCCUGCUGGCCCACGGCAUUGGCUUCCUGGGUGCCCACGCCAGUGCCCGAAAAAUCCUGGCCGGCCUCAUCUUCUCAGCGCUCGGAGAUGCUUUCCUGAUCUGGCAGGAGCAAGGGUACUUCAGCCAUGGGCUGCUGAUGUUUGCCAUUACUCACAUCCUGUACUCUUCAGCCUUUGGAAUGAAGCCCCUGAACCUGGUGGCGGGGCUGGUGAUUGGGGGCGUGUCAGGGCUGAGCUACGCCCUGCUCUACCCCUACCUGUCCGGCCCGUUCACCUACCUGGUGGGCGUCUACAUCGGCCUGAUUGGCUUCAUGGGCUGGCGUGCCAUCGCCGGAGUGCAGCUGACCAACGACCUGUGGACGUGGACGCAGCUGUCGGCCUGCCUGGGGGCGGUGCUCUUCAUGGUGUCUGACCUCACCAUAGCCGUCAACAAGUUCUGCUUCCCCGUGCCGCACUCCCGCGCCAUCAUCAUGGCCACCUACUACGCUGCGCAGAUGCUCAUCGCCCUGUCCGCCGUCGAGUGCCAGGAUGCCGACGCUGCUCGAAAGAGGGGGUGAGGUGGGCUGUGGGCCCCCCUUCCUCGCUGCUGACCCCCCCCCCCCGCCACCCACCCACUUCUGAAUCCCAACCCCCCCUCAACCCUGGUCCAUGUAUUUCUGUUCCACAUAAUGGUAUUACUCUUUUUUUUUUUGGUUUGGCCUAGCAUUUGAUUGGCCGAAGCAGCUGUAAACAAUGUUGACCAAUCACCAAUCGGCUAUGUGAAAUGCAUAUCAGGUGUUAACUGUCCUUCUAGGCCCUCCCACUUACCCCCUUCCCCCCCCCACCACCACGGGGUGAAUUUAAUUUGGUCCAACACUAGAAUUUCAACUGGGAGCUCUUUCAUACAGCCCAGCACCUUCUGUGUUUCCGCUGGAAAGGGAGGCCUUUAGUCAAGGCUAUUGUGCUUACUUUUUCCACCGUGUGUGUGUGUGUGUGGGAGAACAAGCUCCCACACUGUUGCUGUGAGCUUGUAUGGAAUGUUUGGCUUUGAGUCCUAACACCCACUGCCCACCUCCACACCCCCACCUCUCUUUUUGUUCUCAUACUCCUUCAUCCGAGCCAGGUUAUCAUACGUGAGAACCAGGAUGCCUUCUUCAUGACCGAUUCAGCUGAAAGUACUGGAAGCAGACAACCCCCCUGCCUGUGCACCUUAAAGAGUUUAGGAAAAGUCUGUCAGAUUCUAGGAGAAACUGUGUCAUUUGGGAUCUCAUCCUGCGGAAUUGGGCUCAGGUGGGGGUUGGGGGAGCCGUUCUAGGUUCAUGUCCGGUCAGUUUUUUUUUUUUUUUGGGAGCUGGUUUUCUCCUGUGUUAGUGUUUCAGGUGUAAAAGCACCGCUAUUUCAUUCCCGUUGCUGAUUCUCUUGGCCAUUAAAACUGUGUCCUGGGGUGGGGAAGUCUCUUGAGUGUUUCAGGUCCCUCAGUAUAGCUCUCCCAAAACCCCCAGCUCCUCUGGCCUUUCAGUGUUUUGUGUUCUCUUUGAUCACAAGCUUAACAUCAACCCAAGCGUAAAAAACAAGUCCACACCCCCCCCUCCCUACUGGACAGAGGCGUUUCUGGAAAUAAGUUUUCACGUCACGUUCACAUUCGUCCUGGUAAAUCAUGGUUGUUGUGUUCAUGAGGGGACAGUGAUGGCACUGCUGCUGUGAGCUUGUGACUUUGUUACUGCCUCUCAUCCAUUGCCUCUAAAGGGAGGUCAUGUGACCUGCAGGUGGUCGUCAGUGUGACAGCUGCACAGUAGCGUUUAUAUUAUUCUGAGCAUGCUCAGUAGCCCCCGUAGCAGAGUGGCUGAACAGAGCUAUUUCAGCACUCUUAAACCCCUUUUUGGGCCAUCCAGUGUUCUCUAUCAGUAACUUAAUUGUGAUAUUUUUCCAUAAAACUGCUUUUUAUGAUUAUUACACAAAAUAAUAUACCAGUUUUCCAAAAAGUUUAGGACAAUUCAUAAGAUUUAUGUACAGAGGACAUGAUAAAUACAUCGAUACAAAUUUGGCAAACAGAAGAGACAGGAAACAAGAGGUAUUUUGUUGGUAAUUUCAUAACUUUUACAUUGCAGGUAAAAGGCAAAGGGUAGUUAUUUAAUAUUACUGUCUUCUUUUCUUUGGAAGUGUUUUUUCUGGUAAAUUGUAUGCAUAUGUUUCUUAUUUUGUUAAACUGAAAAUUAGCUUUUAUGGCCAAUGCAAGUAAUUCCCAAAAUCCAUGGACUACUCGCUGAAAAAUGAACCUCUUUGGAAGUUGUGUUUUUCAUUGCUGGUACCAUUUUUAAGGUGUUGGGGGAUUGGUCAUCAAUGAUGGAGACAUUUCAGUGGUGCCAAAGACAGUUCUCUUAGGACCCACGGAAAUGUCCUUUUUUAUGAAUAAAAAACGUACGUUGCCGUAAAUGAGAGUUUUAGAUAUUCAAGGCCCGAUACAUUCCAGGAAAGAAGGUUCCCCCACUUUCUUUCCCCAUUCUGCUUUGGAUUGCAAAACCCGGGCGUUUCGCACUGUUCUGUGUUCUGUAUGAGGCAGCCUCGUAUCUUGUUCCUGCACAAUCUACAUGAUCCUUUUGCAUUAUGUGUGUUGAGAUAGUGUCUCUCUCUCCCUCACCAAGUUAGUCAAAGCCCUCCACAUUACCUUCUGCACCACAGUGUGAGAAGAUAAAGCCCUCAGCAUGGAAAAGCAGCCAUGGAGAGAGGCCCUCUUUCAAUGCCUGACCACCCUCAAUCCGCUUAGAUUUAUAUCUGCAUCUCCACUUUCUGUGAAGUCUGUAGUUUUGCACACUGUCAUUUUUUAGUAGUCUUGUAAAAUAUGUCUCAAGACAGGCUUAAUAUUAUUUAUCAACGGAGCUACUAGUAGCAUUUCUAACAUUGAUUAAUGUGGAAAAAUCCAUCAGUGUACUGUAGUGGGUAUUGCGGAUUAUGUAAUUUAUGCUUACAUCAGUCCUUUGUUUGGCCUGUCUCAAAGGGAAUAUCUGAUGCUGUAUUUCAUGAAGAUGAUCACAAAAAGCACCUUUGUUUCUUGUGAAUUUUUAGUUAUGUCUUAUAUCAUAUGAAUAUGCAGUACUGUAUAUCUUUCUUUUGUUUUGCAAUGUAGUACAAGAGUUAGAAAGUGAAAAACACCCAGCUGGAAAGUUCAGCCCCUAUUGUGUCCAGGCAGGGAGUCAAAUGUCUGUCUGUAGGGCUGUGUAAACACACACACACACACGCAUGCACACGCACGUGCGUGCGCACACACACACGUACAUGCACACACAUACACAUAAACAUACACACACACACAAGCACACACACGCAUGCAUGCACGCACACACACACACACACACACACACACACAAGCAUGCACACACAAGCAGGGUUGUGAACACACGUACAUAUGCAGCAGCCAUGCCAAAUCGGGCCCAGAACACAGUCUUGACCUGCAAAAGCAUCAGAUGGAUUUGAUUUACCCAAGUGUCUGUCUCAGGCAACUUUUGUGUGUGUGUGCAUGUUCAUAUGUUUAUUUUAGGAUACUCCUUUGUCAACAUAUUCUUUUUUUAAAUUGAGGAUACGCAUUGUCAGCAAGACGUUUUUGCUUAGUCAGUCAGAAAUGUCUGUUUGUCCGGAGCCCUGACAUUUUUAAAGGACACAUGUGCUGAUGUAUGGUGAGGGAAUGCUACAAACAUUGCCUUGACAGAAACCUGGCUCAGAGUCACGCUAUUCUGCACUUGAUGGUUCUUACAAAUGUGUUUUCUGCUUGCAUUUGGCUCUGUGUGUUCCCCGUUGUAAAUAGGAUAUAAAAAGAAGACCCUUCUAUUUACAGCCUCAGUGUCAGUAGCGUGACUCGGAAGCGUGAAAGUGGCAACAUGCAAUGCAAGGAAAAUAGGGCACCAUCACAGAUUAACUUUUCUGAUUCAUAUGCAAAAAUAUUGCUCACAAUAUUAUUAUUAUUAUUGUUAUUAGUAGUAGUUGUAGUAUUGUUUUUUAUGUUAUGUGUUCAGUUCAAAAGUGAAUCUAUUGCUGGGCUAUUCUGUGUUUUGUGAAGAGAAUCGCUGACAGCUGAUUGGCCCUUUCACUGAUGCGCUGAAUUUGAGUGAUGGGGGGAAGACUCUUCCGGAACAAUCGGAGCUUUUGUAAAUGGAUACGGCUGAGCCUGGGCCCCACCUGUUGUCUGUGAAGUGGCUCAGAGGAGGUGUACGGAUGUACGAAUGCCAGAUGACACGGGUGGGGUUUCUCUUUCCCAUUCUGCUCACCUGUUACAGCAGGUGUGUGUGAAGGAUCGGCUUACUUCUGUCAACAGCUGCCUUGUUCUCCCUCUCUCUUUAUAUAUCACAAAACAGCAGGAUGAAAACCACUUUGAAUGCAGUAUUGAUGAGCAGGAUUUUGGCUUUGAGUGCUAGUCUUGCAUGACAAAGGGAAGGUUGGCAGUGUGGAAAUGGGUCUCUGCACUCUUCCAUUUAUUACUAUUAUUUUUAUUAUUUCAUUUUAAUGAUUACUGCUUGAGUGUUUGUUUUUCAUGUGAGCUGUAUCAUUAAGACUAUUCUGCUUAUUAUUUUCUUGGUCUUUUAUUUGAACAUUAUUCUUUGCCUCUUGGCCCAGGUUGACUCAGUCAUUAUUUUUUCUGGCCACACGGGGCUUUGACCAUUUUUUUGCACGUGCUUCUCCUAAUAUUGAAAGUGCCACUUGUCAUUUCCCGCAGAGAGCUCUAUUUGCAUUUCUACUGCCAUUUGAUAUUUCAGUAAUUGUUGUUGCUUGUAGGCGGGAUGCCCCUCCACACAACCACAACGACAAGGUGGCUUUAGCCUAUGAGAGAGAGGUCUGCUGCAACUGAGCAGUCCGAGCAAUCCCCUCGGUGAGAGUGAUGAAUUUUAUAGCGAUGACAGAGGGAAUCACUGAGUGAGUGCAGCGAUCACCUGCUCUCACACGAUUAUAGCGCUUUGCAGUAAAGCACAAUGUUUUCUGAUUGGUUUCAUAGGUCAGAUGAUUGACAUGCACAGCAGCCUCACUCUUUUCUAUUAUCUGGAGAAUAAAAGUGAUUGUGGCGCUUCCUUCUGAAGUGAGGCACAGUAAUUGGCUGUCCCAGGGCACAGGGCACAUUGCUCAGUGCUCACAGUCUCAUUUUCAUGUGUCGUGUGCUGUACCAGUUCCUCUUGUAUUUCUGGACUGUGUCUCGAAAGGCCAGAUCUCGCUUCCUCAAAGACACAGUAUCAGCCAGAAUCCCUUCUGAGUUCCCAGUCCUCACCUGCGAUGAAGACCUGUUGGGGAGUGAGAGUAGGGCUUUGCCAGUUCCAUUGAUUGAUUCUUUUUUUCUUCAUUAAGAGUAACCUAACAAGCAUUAUUGCACCCAGAACAGAGGUUGUUUUGGAUGAAGUAUGAGAGGAUGUGCUCAAUCUGUUUUCAAAGAGAUGGCAUAAGAAUGUCAAUGCAUGGUUGCAGAAUGUUAACUUUAAGACCUCCAGUUGAAAGGGAGGUUUUUUGAGGGAUUAAUUUAAGCCUCAAUGUUAAAGACAAUAUAUAUUAUUAAUCUUCAAUCCCUGUCGUUGUGGGGGAAAAAAUUCUAAUUUAUUUUGAUGUUUAGUAAUUAUAAGAGAAUUUACAUAGCACAGUAAGAACAGUAUCACUUUAGAAAGUGAAUAACGAAGGGUUGUCUGAUGUAUUGUUGAGUUGAUUGCAAUAUCUUGCCUUAUUGUCCUGAGCUUUCAUCUGUAGCUUUGUUUAUUUCAGUUUGUGUGUGUGCGUGUGCGUACGUGUGCAUGUGUGUGUGUCUGCGUGUGUGUGUGUGGAAAAUAAUAAAGAACUAUAAAGGACCAUAUUGUUCCUUACCUAUAGUGAAACUGCUAUGAAUGUGAGAAAAAAUCUAAAUGCGUAAUAAAUGCAAGUACAAUGCAACCAAUAUUUUUUUGUUGUUGUUAUUUUUCACUCCCAAGUGAUCUAGACUGCGGAAUUUGUCUCUGCUGGCCUCACAUUAAAUUGCUGCAAUGGAUGUGUAUCAUGGUACACUGACUUAUGUGGCUAUAUAUAGCACUAUAUGCAUAUAGUACAUUGUGUUUGUUGCAGUAGAAAUGUCCUGUUAAAUUUGGAACACUAUUUUACUAUGUGAAAUAUGUGCAUGCUUCUCCAACUCCUUGUGUAAAGCUACUGAUGUAAGAUAUGGCUAUAUUGCAUAGGAGUUAAGCAUGCUGGGACCCUACUGUUAUUUCAUUGUAUAUUUCAUUCAUGUUGGGAGAGGAAUGAAUGUUGAAAGGUAUUCUUAACCACAAGGAAAUCUGCCUUAAAGGGUCUUGGGUGAGACCAAGUCUGCUCUCUGGUGUUCAUAAAGAUAUUGCAGCAUCAGUGUUGCAGCCUGGCCAUGUACUGUACUGGAAGAACAAUAUUGUAUUAAGUGCAGUAGUAGUCUUAAGGCAGUGUACGUAUUCAGCUGUUUUUAAAAUUCUUUGCAUAUUUAAUGCAUAUUUAUGAGAUGCAUGGUGUUCUUCCCAUCUCUUUUGUCAACUUUUGUUUCUUGAUGGAUAGAAGAUGGAGGAUGUGAAUUGUUGCCUGAUGGGGAAAUAUAAUUGUCCUAAUGGUGUGGGAUGGGAUUGUGCAUCAGAUGGGGACAUUAACAAGCACAAUACCCCUGAUUUUGCCUGACAGCUUCUGCAGCUCCAGCUCCUUAUGGCCGCCAUUAAGUUUGACUGUGCCAUUAAGUUUGCGCAGUAAGUGGUGCUGCAAGAACAAAUUCCAUAGUAUACUUCGGGCAUAAAACAUUUUUGUGACAAUCGAAAUAAAUGGUUUCUCCUUUUUAUUUUAAUUCCCAUUUUACAACAACUCACUCUGCAUUCGUUUAGUAAAGACAGCUGAUCACUUCCUUGAGAAAACUGCGAGGUGUGUGUGUUUAUUGACCACACUGAAGCAUGCAGUUGGCAGGGUUAUAUUUCUGUUUCUAUCUGAUGUGUCUGUCUGGUGUCCAGUCAAAUUGUUGAAAUAUAUAUUAAAAACAAUGAAAUAUUA